CAGCAGGACCUCAGCCAUGAGACUUCUCCUGACCUUCCUGGCCAUCUGCUGUCUCACCUCAUGCAUUGUAGAAGGUGUGGGAAAUGAAGUCCCAGAAAAAAGUAUCUGUGUGAGUCUAACAACUCAGAGACUUCCAGUCAACAGAAUCAAGACAUACACCAUCAAGGAGGGCUCCAUGAAAGCAGUAAUUUUUAUUACCAGACGUGGCCUAAAAGUAUGUGCUGACCCUCAAGCCAACUGGGUGAAAGCAGCAGUCAAAAGCGUGGAUUUCAGGUCCACCACCAGAAAGAACAUGAUCCAGACCAAUCCUACAGGAGCCCAACAGGCCACCAAUCCAACUAUGACCCUGUCUGGGUAG